GAGAGAGAGAGUGAAAGGAGAGAGAAGAUGUGUGGAACAGAGCAGGAUACCGCUUGCGUUAGCAAAUGCACCUUCUCCACGGAAGCUACGGGAGAGAAGAGGAGCCUAUCGUCCGAUGCAAUCAUCAAUCUCGACCAUGGUGAUCCAACAAUGUUGGAGACUUACUGGAGAAAGAUGGGUGACAAGUGCACAGUUGUGAUCUCAGGAUAUCAAUCACUUAGCUAUUUUGCAAACACCAAAAACAUAUGUUGGUUUUUGGAGCCACAAUUGGAGGAAGAGGUCAAGCGGUUGCACCGUGUGGUUGGAAAUGCGGCGGUGGACGAUUAUUACAUGGUGGUGGGGACUGGUUCAACCCAGCUCCUCCAGGCUGCACUCUUUGCUCUUUCUCCUCCUGACGGGUCUGAGCCCGUCAGUGUGGUGUCAGCUGCUCCGUACUACUCGUGCUAUCCAGAGGUGACAGACUUCUUAAGAUCAGGACUCUAUAAGUGGGCAGGUGAUGCAAACGCCUUUGAUAAAGAUGGACCCUACAUUGAGUUCGUGACCUCACCAAACAACCCAGAUGGCACCAUUAGAGAAGCCAUUGUCAAAGGAUAUGGUGGAGGGAAGCUUGUCCAUGACCUUGCCUACUACUGGCCUCAGUACACUCCCAUCACUUCUUGUGCUCAUCAUGACAUUAUGCUUUUCACAUUUUCCAAAUGCACUGGCCAUGCUGGAUCUCGCAUUGGAUGGGCUCUGGUGAAGGAGAAAGAAGUGGCAAGAAGGAUGAUAAAGUUCAUGGAGGUUAGCACAAUUGGGGUUUCAAAAGAAUCCCAAAUCAGAGCUGCAAAGAUCUUGGGAGUGAUCUCUGAUAGCUGCCUACCUGUUCCUCCUCCUGACUCCAUUAACUUCUUCAAAUUCAGUCAAAAUCUAAUGGUUCAAAGGUGGGAUGAGCUGAGAGAAGUGGUUGGACACAGUGAAAUCUUCAGCCUGCCUGAGUACCCACAGGAUUACUGCCUCUUCACUGGAAAGUUCACUGAAACACAUCCCGCUUUUGCAUGGCUGAAGUGCAACAAGGAUAUAGAGGACUUGGGGAAGUUUCUUAAAGGACACAAGGUUCUAGCAAGAAGUGGGAGAAGGUUUGGGAGUGAUCCAAAGUAUGUUAGGGUUAGCAUGGUGAGCAAGGAAGAGGAAUUCAAGCUCUUUCUAGAGAGGUUGUUGGCUAUCCAAGCACCUACCAAUGGAAAUCUUAAGUGAUGAGUCAUGCUGAAACCUUCAAAUAAAGAAUGACUUGCUUAAAACACAAGUCAGGUUUUGAAUCUAGGAUACACCAUCGUUAUAUAUAUAUAUAUAUAUGUAAGUAUACAAGACUGGGUGAUACAGUCUUUAUUUUGCUUCAUGGACAUUGUAAUGUGCUCUCUUUAACAUAAAAUCAUUUGGACUCUCAAGUGAUGAAUGCUAAAGACAUGUUUUGUGUCUUAAUUAUGUUUGUUGGCACACUAGUUAAUAUUUCUGCCAUUAUUGUA